GUCAGCCCCGAACACAGCGACGAAGCCUCGAUAGACACCUUAGCAGCAUGAGCUACCGCGGCAUGAACCCCAACGCCGAGAUCGUGAGCAAGUCGCAGGCGCUCAUGGUGAACGUCAGCGCCGCCAAGGGCCUGCAGGGCGUGCUCAAGUCCAACCUCGGCCCGCGCGGCACGCUCAAGAUGCUGGUGGGCGGCGCCGGCCAGAUCAAGCUCACCAAGGACGGCAACGUGCUGCUGCACGAGAUGCAGAUCCAGCACCCGACGGCGGCGCUGAUCGCGCGCGCGGCCACUGCGCAGGACGACGUGACGGGCGACGGCACCACGUCCACCGUGCUGUUCAUCGGCGAGCUGCUGAAGCAGGCGGAGCGCUUCCUGGCCGACGGCCUGCACCCGCGCAUCCUGUCGGAGGGCUUCGAGCUCGCCAAGGAUGAGGCGCUGCGCGUGCUGGACACGAUGAAGACCACACCCGAGGACAUCCUGAAGGACCGCGAGCUGCUGUGCAGCGUGGCGCGCACCUCGCUGCGCACCAAGCUGGACCAGAAGCUGGCCGACCAGCUCACGGAGAUCAUCACGGACGCCGUGCUGACCAUCGCCGUGCCCGAGCGCCCCAUCGACCUGCACAUGAUCGAGAUCAUGCACAUGAUGCACCAGAGCAGCAGCGACACUCGCCUCGUGAAGGGUCUGGUGCUGGACCACGGCUCGCGCCACCCGGACAUGCCCACUUCGCUGGAGAACUGCUACAUUAUGACGUGCAACGUGUCGCUCGAGUACGAGAAGAGCGAGGUGAACUCGGGCUUCUUCUACAACAGCGCCGAGCAGCGCGAGAAGAUGGUGGAGGCCGAGCGCAAGUUCACGGACGACAAGGUGCGCCAGAUUAUCGAGCUCAAGCGCGAGGUGUGCACGGAGGAGAACGGCAAGAGCUUCGUGAUCAUCAACCAGAAGGGCAUCGACCCUCUGUCGCUGGACAUGCUCGCCAAGGAGGGCAUCCUGGCGCUGCGUCGCGCCAAGCGCCGUAACAUGGAGCGGAUAACGCUGGCUUGCGGCGGUAUGCCCAUCAACUCGACGGACGACAUGGACGAGUCCAUGCUUGGUUACGCCGGCAAGGUCUACGAGCAGACUCUGGGCGAGGAGCGCUACACGUUCGUGGAGGACGUGCAGCACCCCAAGUCGUGCACGAUCCUGAUUAAGGGCCCGAACGAGCACACGAUCGCGCAGAUUAAGGACGCCAUUCGCGACGGUGUCCGUGCGGUUAACAACGCCGUUGAAGACAAGGGCGUUGUCCCCGGCGCCGCUGCCUUCGAGCUGACUGCCCACGAGGCGCUCAACAAGUUUAAGGGUACGGUCAAGGGCCGCGCUAAGCUCGGCGUGCAGGCUUUCGCGGACGCUCUGCUGGUGAUCCCCAAGGUGCUGGCCGAGAACUCCGGUCUGGACGUGCAGGACACUUUGAUCGCGGUUCAGGAGGAGCAUCAGAACUCGGGUAUGUUUGUGGGCAUCGACCUCUUCUCGGGCGAGCCCAUGCUGCCGGAGCAGGAGGGUAUCUGGGACAACUACCGGGUGAAGCGUCAGUUCAUCCACCUCGCCACGACGCUGGCGUCGCAGCUUCUGCUCGUCGAUGAGGUUAUGCGUGCUGGCAAGCAGAUGGGCGGCGGCGGCGGCAUGCCCGAGCAGUAAGUAGGGAGGCGGAUGCGUAAGUAGUUUAUUUCCCCACACCAAUCCAUCUACUCACCCACCCACUGAGUCAUAAUAAACCGAGAAACCCACACACCAGU